CUGAACAUGGGAAGUGAUUCAAAGUGUCCACAGCUGUGGGAGAAGAAGCUGCUGGGUGUGAGUUUGGGGAUCUCUACUGUGUGCAUGUGCUGAGCUGCUGCUGCUGCUGCUGCUACGGAAGAACCCAUUUAUUUUUGGCAUUUGACAUUAAAGCUCAACCUUUAUAACAUGGGACCAGCAAUCCUAUUCCGUAGCGCUGGGGUCUGACUGGAUUUCUUUGUGACUGAUUUUACGCUUUGUGGAAGGACGUCCAGUUUGAGCACAGAGUUCCUCUGGAGCAGCUGAAAGACGCGGACAGGUGUGCAGGUCUGCAGCAGUUAAGGUGGCAAAGCCAAGCCACGAGUGUGUGUUGCUCAACAAGUUGUUGCCUAGUGACCGGACAGCGAGUGAGUUGAUGCCACCAACCUUACUAAGGCUUAGAGACUAAAGCACUUCCUUUGCCUACCUCCUUGUCCCUGUAUAUGUUGUCCAGCCCUAGGAAUUACUCGUUAAAAGUCCUCUGACACUCAGAUCAACUUGAGAACCGCCUGCGUUGUGCCAGUGUUGUUUUGAGCGUUGUGUGUUUCCUGCUGUGAGCUAUAAGAGGAAAAAACAGCUGUACACACAUUUGGAAGUGAACCAGCGUUGCUCCACCAUGACCAAAGAGGAGGAGAUCCCGGACUGGGUGGGAGCCAAGGAGUUCUACGACAAGUACGACCCCAAGGAGAUUCUGGGCAGGGGAGUGAGCAGUGUGGUCCGUCGCUGCGUGGACAAGCGCACGGACCAGGAAUAUGCCGUCAAGAUCAUUGAUAUCACCCCGUCUGACAAAAUGACUCCGCAGGAGAUCGAGGAGAUCCGGGAAGCGACAGUGAAGGAGAUCGACAUCCUUAGGAAAGUUUGCGGGCAGGAAAACAUCAUACAGCUGAAAGACUGCUAUGAGUCCAAAGCCUUCUUUUUCCUGGUUUUUGACCUGAUGAAGAAAGGGGAACUUUUUGACUACCUCACAGAGAAAGUAACCUUGACAGAGAAAGAAGCCAGAAAGAUUAUGCGUGCUUUGCUGGAGGUGCUCCAGUUCCUUCACGGCCAGAACAUCGUCCAUCGGGACCUUAAACCCGAGAACAUCCUGCUGGAUGACAAUAUGAACAUCAAACUCACAGAUUUUGGCUUCGCUGUGCAGAUCCAGCCAGGACAGACGCUGAAAGAGGUGUGUGGGACGCCUGGUUACCUGGCUCCUGAGAUCAUCGAGUGCUCCAUGGACGCAGGACACCAAGGAUACGGUACAGCUGUUGACCUAUGGAGCGCUGGUGUGAUCAUGUACACGCUGCUGGCCGGCUCUCCGCCUUUCUGGCACAGGAAACAGAUGCUGAUGCUGCGGAUGAUUUUAGCAGGGAGCUAUGACUUCUCGUCUCCAGAGUGGGAGGAUCGCUCCGACACAGUCAAAGACCUGAUCUCCCGGAUGCUGGUGGUGGAUCCAAGGCAGCGGUUCACUGCUUCAGAUGCUCUGAGCCACACGUUUUUCUCCCAGUAUGUGGUGAACGAGGUGCGACAGUUCAGUCCGUACAGGCGGUUCAAGGUCAUCUGCAUGACUGUGCUCGCCACGAUGCGCAUCUACUGCCACUACCGCCGCGCCAAACCCGUCACCAAGGAGGUGAUAAAGAGCGACCCGUACGCCGUCAAGCCCAUCCGCAAACUUAUCGACGCAUGCGCCUUCAAGAUCUACGGCCACUGGGUCAAGAAAGGCCAAACUCAGAACAGAGCUGCGCUUUUCGAGAACUCUCCGAAGAUCGUCCUGCUGUCCCUCGCCGCCGAGGCGGAUGAGCAGGGCCAACACGGCUGGUAAAUGUGCCCGCAGGACUGGGAACCACUUCUCCUCCUGAACUGGUAAACUGAAAAACAGCCCAACUCGGGUGUUCUUUGAAUGUUAACGUUUGGAGGAUGCGCUUCGAAAACUUUCUGUGCAAGAUAGGCUUUUGAAUUUCAGUUUUGAACGAGCAGAGAAUGUUCUGGAAAGUAAGUUCUUAACUUAGGUGAACGCAGCCUGCAAGGUGCUGAGUCAAGUCUUCUUUUGUCAGACUAUUUGUUCACCUGCUGUGAGAAAAACUAACUUCUAAAGUUAGUUUUUCCCCAAAAUGUCUGAAAUUUCAGUGAAGUUGUAUAUUUGGAACUGUACAUGCUAAAAAGAUUAUAUAAUGACAAUUGCUCUAAUGAGUGUGUACCUUAAUUUGCAUAAUAUAAACUUAUUUAUUAAACCUUCCAGUUAAUUGAAGGUUGCGUCUUUGAGGUGAAGAUAUUUUGGAUGUGUUUUAUGCAUCUCUCCCACGACACAAAUGCAGCACAGACAGGGCUGGUUUCAGCACAGUGAC